GCCUGACUCAACUCCAGCUGCCGCAGACAGUUGUGUGUGUGCUCGUCUGACCUCGUUCCGACAGCGUCUUGCCUCAAGUGUGAGCUGCCCAUCUCCCUGCUUUCUGCCCCAUCGAAGCUCAAUGUUAUCAGAGUCUGCUCUGCCCAGGCACCCACCUGUGCAAGGUAACACCCCAGGGGCAACCCUCAACUGGUGGGGUGCAGGGACAGCUGGGUAAGUGCUCCUGCCUCCUCUCCUUCAGGUGGACGAUUCUGGGGAACAGUCUGUACACUGUUCAAAGAUCCUGGUAAGCUCAAGCUCCUGUCGCCCACAGCGGCAGCACUGAUAAUGCACCCUUUUCUCCUUUCCUAUUGCAUGUCCCCACUCCCUCAUGACCCUCCUGGGGUCGUCUCUCAGAAGGGCCAUGUGCACCUAAGUCCUUGUCUCAGGCUUGGCUUUCGAGGGAACCCAAGCCAAAAUUCUUUUUCUAUUUGGUUCCUUUACUACCCAGAAGCAGACUGAUCUUUUUAAAACAUGGGAUCGUGUCUCUCCUCAGCUGAAAACCCUCCACUGACUCCCAUGUCCCCUAAAGGAAAAGCCAGAGUCCUCAGAAUGGUUGACAAGGCCUGGCAGAACCUGGCCUUCCUACUGUUCCCUCUCUGAUGUCACCUCCUGCUCACCUCUCCUUGGCUGUCCUAUAGCCACACCGAACUUCACAGACGCGCAGGGCGCUGCAGCCUCGGGGGCUCUGCGCCGGCCAGUCCCGCGUCCCGGAAUGCCCUUCCUCCACCUUCUUCUAAACAUGUUUCUUCGCUUCCUCCAGGACCCUGUGCUCAAAACGCUCCUCAGAGAGGCCUUGCCGUGUGAAACAGCAACCUCUUUCCAUAGCACUGGUCACCAGUAUCAUAAUUUUUUUUUUUUUUGGAUUUGUUUUCUGUCUCCUCUCCAAUUUGAAUGUUAUCUCCAUGAGGACAGUGACUCAGGGACUUUUUUUUUUUUAACUGCAGAACCUAGAACAGAACCUAGGCAAGUAUUAAGUGCUCAAUAAAUAUUUGUUGGGCGAAGCAAAUAAAUAAGACUGAAGAAGGGUGUAAGGAUCAGGCUGUGGUGACCUUGAACCCCCAGCUCCUCUGUCUGUCGUGGGUAUGGUGGCAGCGCUUGGCUGACCGCAGGAUGCCUCUGCAGAGAACUCCCUCGGAGCUUUGCCCUCUAAGGCUGCUCUUGGCUGAAGAUCUUUUGGGGGGCCGACGCUCUGAAAUGUGUCUCAAGGAGUCCCAGGCAAAACCUCAACGACCUCAGAGCAGUUAGAAAAAUAACACCUCUGUGAGUCUACUCUAUGCUGAUCCUGUGCAGACCCUCCAGUCCCUGAGACCCUGGCCAUUGCCGGCAUGGAAUGACGUUAAGUCACCUCCGAGUGCUGGUCUCAGGCUCAGUAGCCAGCAACUCCUCAGGUUCAGAAGCAACGGCCUUCUCACCAGCAACAGAGUUGGAAUCCAUAGGGGCUCUAUGAAGGGACCGAGGGGUGGCCUGGGGGACAGGCAUGCUGCAGCCCAAGCCUUCCAUUCCCAAGCUCUCUGAACAGUCGUACUGUCCCCUCCUCAUGGCUCAGGCACGCGGACCUGGGGUUAGGGGCCAGGCCAGGCUCUAUCUUUCCUCCAGUGGGAGGCAGCCCAUUGGCCUUGACAGACACCUGGAUCCUCUCAUGAAGCAAACAGCACUCGCUCCCUGCGAAGGCAGGAGACACAGCCUCAAGUGCCAGAGGGAGGGAAGCCCCCUGCUGGGGUUGCCCCAGCCGCCCCCUCCUGGCUUCCCCAGGGCCCCCGACUCUGCAGGCUGUCAGAAGUGGGAGCUGCAGCACGGCACUGAAGAGGUUAAUGAGCAUCUGCCUCCGAAUGUUAAUGUGUCUAGGUGAUGUCAGUGGGAGCCGGGAAGAAGGGAGUGGGGAGAGCAGUGGGGCUUGGAGGUGGCAGAGGCUGCAGGCUGCCGGGGGAGACCCCCUUCUGGGCUGCACGGCUCAUGCUCCAGGACAAGGCGGGCGGGCGCUAGAGGCUGCCGCAGCCUGCGUGGGCAGCCGGGCCAGCGGGCGACCGGGCACCCGCAGGAUGGACCUGGAAGCCUCGCUGCUGCCCACUGGCCCCAAUGCCAGCAACACCUCAAACGGCCCGGACAACCUCACCUCUGCCGGGCCCCCUGCUCGCACAGGAAGUGUCUCCUACAUCAACAUCAUCAUGCCUUCGGUGUUCGGCACCAUCUGCCUCCUGGGCAUCGUGGGAAACUCCACGGUCAUCUUUGCAGUGGUGAAGAAGUCCAAGCUGCACUGGUGCAGCAAUGUCCCCGACAUCUUCAUCAUCAACCUCUCGGUGGUGGACCUCCUCUUUCUCCUGGGCAUGCCCUUUAUGAUCCACCAGCUCAUGGGAAACGGCGUCUGGCACUUCGGAGAGACCAUGUGCACCCUCAUCACAGCCAUGGACGCCAACAGUCAGUUCACCAGCACCUACAUCCUGACCGCCAUGGCCAUCGACCGCUACUUGGCCACCGUCCACCCCAUCUCCUCCACCAAGUUCCGGAAGCCUUCUGUGGCCACCCUGGUGAUCGGCCUCCUGUGGGCCCUCUCCUUCAUCAGCAUCACUCCCGUGUGGCUCUACGCCAGGCUCAUCCCGUUCCCGGGGGGCACAGUGGGCUGUGGCAUCCGCCUGCCCAACCCAGACACUGACCUCUACUGGUUCACCCUAUACCAGUUUUUCCUGGCCUUUGCCCUGCCCUUCGUGGUCAUCACGGCCGCGUAUGUGAGGAUCCUACAGCGCAUGACAUCCUCCGUGGCUCCCGCCUCCCAACGCAGCAUCCGGCUGCGGACCAAGAGGGUGACCCGCACGGCCAUCGCCAUCUGCCUGGUCUUCUUUGUGUGCUGGGCGCCCUACUAUGUGCUACAGUUGACCCAGUUGUCCAUCAGCCGCCCGACGCUCACCUUUGUCUACCUGUACAACGCGGCCAUCAGCUUGGGCUACGCCAACAGCUGCCUCAACCCCUUUGUGUACAUCGUGCUCUGUGAGACAUUCCGCAAACGCUUGGUCCUGUCGGUGAAGCCUGCGGCCCAGGGCCAGCUUCGCACCGUCAGCAACGCCCACACGGCCGAUGAGGAGAGGACAGAAAGCAAGGGCACCUGACUCUUCCCCGGCCACUCUGGGCUCCUCCAAGUCAGGACAUCACAGCAGACCACGGGGAGAGAUGCUGAGAGAAACCCAAGACCACCCUAGGGGAAUGCAGGGAACUGGGUGGCGAGGGGCCGCUGCCACUCAGCAGUUUCCACAGGGCCCACAAAUUGCGGGGGAGGCUCCCAGCCAGGCCCGGGGCCGUUGGGAGAGCAGGAUGAGACCUUUGGGU